AUGGAUGGCCGCUCCCCACUGCUCGCAGCCGCCUCCCCUCCCGGCUCCCGUGCAUGUCCAGCACCAAAGGAGUGGAGCUCCUCGAGCCCUCGAUCCAGCGGGCAGGUGCCCGAGUUCCUCCUCACCUCGUCCCCGUCGCCGCUGCCUGCCUCGCCUCCUGCCGAGCGCCUCCCUCACCUGCGGCCUCCUCCCCGACCCCGCGCCAAGUUCGUCUUUGAGCCACGCCGCCCUGGAGCUUCUCCGAUGUCCCGCCAUGUCCCUCUGCUCGAGCUCGUCGACCCGCCGCUUCCCGCGCCUGCCGGCCCUGCCUCAAGUCCCGCCGCCGCUGUUCUGUUUCCUAACGAGCCGAGACGAGACGACCGCUGCAGCUCGCUCACCUGGCGUUGA